AUGAAGAACAAGGGGAGCAAAGCCACACUCGCUUUGGUCUGCAGACCUAGGCAAUCGAAAACUCAGAAAUGGAAACGUGUGCACCUUUCCGGCAGCAAAAUUGACUCUGCGUUCUUUGCAGCCUCGAGUUAAGGGCUGCGCUGGGAGAAACUCUGUGCCUCCUGGAAAGUUCGGAAACUCAACUACGAGAGAGGCCAGAUAUCAGGGAUCUUGCUGGCCCCGCGAUGUCUUCCAGAGCUUUUCAAGUGGGAAGAGAAGAGCGACAAAAUGAAAAUGCAACGUGUAGGGGAGGCCACCCGAGUCCCGCAAGUCGUCGGUCGCAGAGGUACACAGUUGCUCCUAGCAUGACCGAGAUCUGAUCAGCAACCACGAGAACCUGACUCCCGCGUCGGGCGACUUAGUGCUGGGGCCUGGUCACCGCCCACAACUCCGGAGCUGCCAUGGCUGCUGCCUCUACGUCCACCCCUGUCAUUUCACAGCCCCAGUUCACAGCCAUGAAUGAACGUCAGUGCUUCUACAAUGAGUCCAUCGCCUUCUUUUAUAACCGGAGUGGAAAGUAUCUUGCCACAGAGUGGAACACAGUCAGCAAGCUGGUGAUGGGACUUGGAAUCACCGUCUGUAUCUUCAUCAUGUUGGCCAAUCUGCUGGUCAUGGUGGCAAUCUACGUCAACCGCCGCUUCCAUUUUCCUAUUUAUUACUUAAUGGCAAAUCUGGCUGCUGCGGACUUCUUUGCUGGGUUGGCCUACUUCUACCUGAUGUUCAACACAGGACCCAAUACUCGGAGACUGACUGUCAGCACGUGGCUCCUGCGUCAGGGCCUCAUUGACACCAGUCUGACGGCCUCCGUGGCCAACUUACUGGCCAUUGCAAUCGAGAGGCACAUUACAGUUUUCCGCAUGCAGCUUCACACGCGGAUGAGCAACCGGCGGGUGGUGGUGGUAAUCGUGGUCAUCUGGACCAUGGCCAUUGUUAUGGGGGCCAUACCCAGCGUGGGCUGGAACUGCAUCUGUGAUAUUGAGCACUGUUCCAACAUGGCACCCCUGUACAGUGACUCCUACUUGGUCUUCUGGGCCAUUUUCAACCUGGUGACCUUUGUUGUCAUGGUGGUCCUCUAUGCUCACAUCUUUGGCUACGUUCGCCAGAGGACUAUGAGGAUGUCUCGGCAUAGUUCUGGACCGCGGCGCAAUCGGGAUACCAUGAUGAGUCUUCUGAAGACUGUGGUCAUUGUGCUUGGUGCGUUUAUCGUCUGCUGGACUCCUGGAUUGGUCUUGUUACUUCUCGACGUGUGCUGCCCACAGUGUAACGUCCUGGCCUAUGAGAAGUUUUUCCUUCUGCUUGCCGAGUUCAACUCUGCCAUGAACCCCAUCAUCUACUCCUACCGCGACAAGGAGAUGAGCGCCACCUUCAGGCAGAUCCUCUGCUGCCAGCGCAGUGAGAACACCAGCGGCCCCACGGAAGGCUCCGACCGCUCAGCUUCCUCCCUCAACCACACCAUCCUGGCUGGAGUUCACAGCAAUGACCACUCCGUGGUUUAGAAAGGAGACUAAUGAAGAUGAGACGUGGCCGUCAUCUAUUGAGCGAUGAGCAGCCUUCCCCUCCCCAAAGGCCAGGGCAGGGUGGGAUGUGAGAGAGAGGAAAAAAUGCACUCAUGUACUUAAACACUAACCCAUGGCAGUAUUUGUUCCUGGACCCACCAAGGCUUGAUAUGUAUCGAAAAAUUAGCUUAUGUGACACCCCUCAUCCUGCUCCCCAUUCCUUUUGAAAGUAGAAAGUGGAGAUCUUGCUCUGGAAUUCGUAAACAGACUCUGGAGUGUCCAUUUACACUACACUAACUAGUCUUCAAAAGAUUUUGUGUGGUUUGGUGCAAGUCAGAAUAAAUGCUGACUAAUUGAAUCCACAACUUCAUUUACAUACAGGCUUCCCUUUUUUUCUUUUUAAAGGGUACAUUUCACUUAAUAAACAUGUCUACGCCUAUCAGCAUGCUUGUGAUGGAUAAGACUAUGGGCUGUUUUUAAACGAUCAUAACUACAUUUUUUUCCUUAUGUAGGAAAACUGUAAAUUAGAAUUACUUUUUUUAGAAAGCAUGCACAUAAUGUAUGUAUGCAGUAUGCCGUACUUAAAAAGACAAAAGGGUAUUAAUUUUAAAUCUAGGAAAUAGAAAAACCUAGAUGUCAAAGCCAGUGUUUGUUUAGGUUAUGAAACAAACAAUGAUCUAACCACCAUAUUACCUUUUUUCAUUAAAGUGUUGUAACAUGUAUAAAACAAACAGGGAAUGUAAGUUUAUUAUCAGAAGAAUAUGUACUCUAUGAAAGUUAUAGAUGAACACAAUGGUAUUGUUUCCACAUAUUUAUAAUACCCAAGUACAUUCUAAUUAUUAGUUCAUCGGAGGAAUUUUUUAAUAACCUGUGUUUUUCUGUAUGAUAAUACAUAGUCAUUG